UGAUUGUUUUAUAUUUGUAGGAGUUAUUGAUUUUAAACCACGUAACAUCUGCUGAAUCGCCGAUGUUUUAUAAGAAAUGUUUACUGGUCUACGGAGAAUGUGCCUACAGACUUUUAAGCUGAAGGAAAAGAUUGUCACCACAGAAGGAAGUAGAGAGUGAGAUAUUGUUUUUAAUGAAGUUCUCCUAUAGCUGACAUGGGGACCAAGGUGCAAGCCCUGCAGCUGUGGUGUAAGAAGCAGACGGACGGGUACCGCGAUGUGGAGGUCGUCAACAUGACGUCCUCCUGGAAGAGCGGCCUGGCUUUCUGUGCCAUCAUCCAUCGAUACCGCCCGGACCUCAUAGAUUACGAUGCUCUUGCCAAAGAAAAUGUCCUUGAAAAUAACAGCUUGGCCUUUGAAGUGGCGGAUAGAGAGCUGGGUAUUCCAGCUUUACUGGAUGCUCCGGAUAUGGUGGCCAUUAAAGUUCCAGACAAACUGAGCGUGGUGACCUAUGUAUCACAGUAUUACAAUUACUUUCACAACAAACCACAAUUGGGAGGACCAGGAGUGAAGAAGUCAGUAAAGAGACAUCAGGAGAUAGACAAGUCAGGUCCGGAGGCUAAACGACAGACACUGGCCUCCGUCAAUGACUCCCCGGCCAAAGAGAAACAAGUGUCUAUGGGAGACAAAUGUGGAAUAUGUAAGAACAAAGUGUUUCUGCUGGAAAGACAUAUUGAACAUGGAAAGCUUUAUCAUAGAUCUUGUUUCCGUAAGAGUGAACUCUCUCCUACGGCAAAAAUUCUCAAAAAACCUGACUCUGAGGAAUCUGAAAAAAGCAAGUCACACGAUUCUGAAAAGCCCGACUUCUGGAGAAGACGAGCUGAUGCCAAGAAAACGGAGGAAAGCAAGAAAGAGGAGCCGAAAAAAGAACACAAAGAAAAACAUGAUACGAGAACAAAUAAAGCUAAAUCCUUAAAUUUCUUGUCGCACAACGGUGAUGAACACAAGGCAAGUCAUAGUGGAGUUAAACACAGACACGAAGAAAAAAUGGAUACUUCUGACUUAAAUGGUGAUCACAAAGUAAAAUCAAGAGUGGAAGCAGACUCCAAUAGACCUGUACCUAAAGUUCGAAAUGUGAUAUCCUCAACAGAAAAAAUGGAUACAUCGGAUAAAAAUCAGAAUGAAGUAGAAAAACGUACCUCUGUUCCCAAAUUUGAGUUCAGGUCCAAAAUUGUUUCUGCUGCCCCAAAAGCAUGUGUUGUAUCUAAAAUUGACACAGACAAUUCUAAGCCACAGCCUGCAGUCAGAAACUUUGCUCCAUCUAAACCUUCAUCUCACUCAGAGUCUCCUAGAACUUCUAAGUCUCAUCAUGAAUCAGGGUCACCCCCGCCCUUACCUAAAAACCACCCACCUCACUUGCCUGUGACCUCCAAAAAAGAAUCUCCUGUGUCGGAGAAGAAAUCUCUGUCCCCGCCUUCUGUGAAAUCUCCAUUAUCUAGUGCUGAAGUCUCCCCUAAACAAGACAGACUGUCUGAACUGUUGGAAAAAGACAGUCGGAGUAGUCAGGGUAAAUGGGAAGGGUUAUCCUCUAAAAAUAAGGAAUCCGAACCCUUCUCUAGUAGUAAAACAAAGCAGGAAUCUCAUGAAGUUAGAAAACCUAAAGAUAUUAAUAUAAGUGGUGUAAGGACAAGUAGCAGCUCUGAGCCAGUGGCUGUGUUAAAGAGCCCAGUGAGUCCUGAACCACAUGAUCCUAAGGUCCUAGGUGGUUUAUUGAAAAAUCUGGCAGACCUUCGUCGUAGGAAGGAAUCCAGUGACGAUGUGAAUAAAACUGUGACAUCUCCAAAGGAUAAGGAAAGUAAAAAUGACUGGAGAAGUGAGAAAGCUAGCAGUGAUACACGAAAGGAAGUUAAGAGCCAUGUGUUCAGAGAGACGAAUGGAAAGACAGAGACCAGGGGUGAUAAGGCCAAAUCAGUGGACAUUCUGUCAGAGAAAAAGCCAUUUUUCAGCAAUAAAAAAGAAUCUGAUAAGCCUGAAGUCACUACAUCUGUGAAGCAGGACUUAACCAUCAGUGAUGAAGAACCGGCGUGGAAGAAAGCUCUGGAAGAACGGAAGAAAAAGAAAGAAAGACCAAAAACUGCAGAUUUGUUAUUGGACAAAAAAGAGGAAAAGAGUUCAAGAAGUGUAGUUUCUAUGGAUGUGACGCAAAUUAAAGAUGAAAGACCAGCAUGGCAGAUAGAAGCCGAGAAGAGAAAGGCAGCUCGGCAGGGGGGAUAUGUGGACCCAGAAAAAGCCAAGGCAAAAGAUAGCACCACAGAAACAUCAGUCAAAACAGAGGUUGAGGAAGUCACAAAACGUCUCAUAACUCCAGGGUUACUGCCCAAGGAUGAACCAAAAAUAUCUGAGCCAGAGAAAAAGAAAAUUUCUGUCGGGAAAAGGUUUGAUUUCAAAUUGCAUGACCAAGAAAAGGAGAAGAAAGUCACAGAGAAACCCCCUCGACCACCCCCAAUGAGCCCCACAUCACUACAUAAGUCUCAUCAUGGACUGUCUCCCGCUGUCUCCCAUAAACUGGCUUCUACCAAGAAAACUGCAGCCCCAUCACCCCCCAGGCCAACCAUGCCCAGAACAGAGAUCAAAACCUUUGGCGAUAUGAAGAGAUUGUCACCCCAAGAAAUACAACAUCAGCUGGCUGAAAUUGAUAGUCGCCUGACAGACUUGGAGGUCCGAGGCCGAAAUCUGGAGCAGUCCAUCAGAAAGGAACACAGCGAGGAAGACGAUGAAGGGCUGAUGAUAGAAUGGUUCAAACUUGUCAACGACAAAAACGAACUCGUCCGAAGAGUUUGUGACACACAGUGGAAGUUAAAAUGUCUGAUGUUAUGUGAUUGUAGAUCUAGAGCUCAGGAACUUGAGGAUCAACAGCAUAGAAUUGACAGGGAGCUGCGAGAACUCCUCACCAAAACAGAGGACACUAAAACUGAGGAGGACAAAGAACAGGAGGAGCUGCUCCUCCAACAGCUGCUGGAUGUGGUCAACCAGAGGAGUCUGAUAGUGGACUGUCAGGAUGAGGACCGCAUCAGAUAUGAGGAGGAAGAUCGUGAUAUUGCUGAAAUUUUAUCCAAAAAAGAGUUCUGUAAGAAAACAGCAGAGGAAAAUCCAGUUGAGGAGGUCAGAGAAUUGACUAAAGAAGAAAAGAAAGCAGAAAAGAAAAGGAAGAAAAAACUCAAAAAGGAAAAGAAACAUAAGAAAGAUAAAGAUGUGGAAUAAUUCAUCGACCAUAUAGACAGUUAUAUAGGAUCAGCCCAUAUGUAGUAGCUAAUGGACAUUGUCUUGUAUGUUGAUUUAUUCUAUGGCUCAACUCAGUAAUAGAAUUAAUAAUCAAGAAUAACUUAUUAAAAUAUGGUCAGAGGAUUUGUAGGGCGAUAAGUGUCAGGUGAUGAAAGUCAUCUUGUUUUUGGGGAGAUGGCAUUGAGAAAAGUUUUAAUAUCGUAUGUUUUAAGAAUGCAAUAUUUUAUCAAGGAUUUAUAUAUAGAAAUGUCUGCCAAUCAUCUUUCAGUCGUAUAAUGAUUUGAUGCAGUCUUAGACUGUGAUCAAACUUAAAAUAGCAUUCCAUAUUCCUGUUGUAUCUUUGUGGACAUUGAUACUAGUAUUUUACAUACAAGAUUUAUUGUUUUAAAAUGAUACAAAGAUUUCUCAAUCCAAACACAAUUAUAUGUUUAAAUAUUUACACACUGCAAGCCAACUUUUACUUCGGAACCCUGCGUCUGCAUUAAAAUCUUUUCCUUGUUUUAAUUUUGAUUAUGUAGCUUAGCUUCCUCAAUACUUAAACAAGUAUCUACUACAUUGCUGACAAAAUAUUUACAGCUGUUAGAGCCCGUACAAAUGAUAAAUGUUGAUGACAUGCUUUAAAAAUUCCUUUACAACACUUAGUAGACAUGUACAUUCCACAUGAUGUGGGGUCAUUUUAUUUCCUAUAAAUUGCUAGCAAAUGUUAUUUUUGUGAAAUAAUAUACAUGCAUGUUGAAAAAAUUAUUCAAAUUAAGUAUUUAUUUCAAAAUGUUGAUCAUUUUCUGAAGCCGUUUUACUGUUAAACAUGUUAAAAAAAGUCUGUGAUUAAGAUGAAAAAUAUUUUAAUUUACAUGUUGCAUAUAUUUAUAUUCUAACAUUCCAUUUCUGUAUUGACCAAAAUAUGAUUGCUGUCACAGUAUUUUUUCAUUGAAGAUAUUUAAGGUGAAAAUAUGUGUUUGAAUGUGACAAGUGCAUUUGAUUAAAGUACAUGUACAUGUACUGUUUUUGAAUCUAUAAGCAUUAAAUUCAUGGCAAUUUUCCAGUCAUCCAUAAUUGUGACCUUAUUAAACAGUAACUUUGGUUUGAUGUAUGCUAGUAUGAUAAAGUAGGUGCUACAUUGUUAAGUUUUAAACUAGUCAGUAUAUUAAUUUCUAUAUGGAAAAUAUCAGCACAUUGUUCAUUGAGAUAAGAAACUGCUGGUCAGUUUCAGUUCAUAUUUCUUGUACAUGACAAAUAUUUGAAAUUUUGAAACUUGCAGAUAUUUAUGUAAUACUAAUGUUAAAGUCCUGUCUAGUUGUACUGUGCAGUGAAGUAGGUGUAAUUUCAAAGAUUUUCUCUCAUUUAUUUUAAACAUGCAGAUACAUGUAGAUAUUUUAACAGUGAUAUUGUCUUCCUUUGAGUAUACUUCAACUGUGACUUCGUUGUAUGUUUGUAACAGUACAAUAACUGAGGUUUGACUGUUUUUAUCCACUAGCCAGUGAAGGUUGAAUUUUAUUUGUUGCUAUGCAUAGCUUUGUAUUUUAUCAUGAGCUUUAAGUUUCAAUUAAAAAAAGAGACUGUU